UCAAUAAAGUCAAUUUUAAAACAAACAAAGUUUUGUUUUAUUUCUGUCUGUUAGUAGAACAAAAAUCAAUUAAAUAUAUACAUAAAUGUCAAAAGAGGAGGAUGUACGUUCAGCAGGAAAAAGACACCGUAAUAUUUUGUAUCUUAUCGAGAGAUAUCUUAAGGACAAUGGAUUGUAUGAUACUUGCGAGUGUCUCAAAAAUGAAGCUCGACUUCAAAACGACUAUGAAAUUUGUGACAAUAUUGAUUUGGAUUCGAUAUAUUUGGAAUAUGCGAGCUUUUAUCAAGUUAAGUUCGGAAAGAAUCCGAAAAUCGUUAAGAAGAUAUCAACAAUUAUGAACGUAAAAUUAAACAAUUAUGCUAAGAAACAUCAUCGUCCUCUUACUAGCAGUAAGGCCAAAUUAGAAGAAUCCCCACACAAAAACGAACCAUUUAAUGAGAGUUUGCAAAUUAAGCAAAUACCCAAUACGAACACUCAGGAAAUAACGGUUAAUCCAGUUGAAUAUGGCAUUCAAAUAAAUCUCGAGAAAGAUUUUUUAGUGGAUGGAUGGAAGGAUGUGGAACAAUAUGUUAAACUAACAAUAGUUAAUAAAGACCUUGGUUUUCGGUGGAAAGAUGUAUUUGGAAAUAGUAAAGCUGUAGACACCAUUAAAGAGGCAGUAAUCGUGCCUCUCAAACAUCCUGAAUUAUUCUCCGGAAAUCUGAAGCCUUGGAAGUCUUUACUUCUGCAUGGACCACCAGGAAAGUUUAUCAUACAACCAAUUAUGAUAUUUCCGUAUGCUUAUCAUUUUUAUUAAUUUUCAGGUGGGGGAAAAACAUUACUCGCAAGAGUUCUUUGUUCGGAAACUAAAGGACAGAUCACCUUUUUUAAUGUAACUUCAAGUUGCAUAACAUCAAAAUGGCGAGGGGAAUCAGAAAAAAUAAUCAAAAUUCUAUUUAGUUAUGCAAAAAUGCGUGCACCAUCUGUGAUUUUUCUAGAUGAAAUUGAUGCUUUCACCUCAAACCGUGAUCGAGCUUCAGACAAUGAAGCAUCAAAGCGUUUUAAAAACGAAUUCUUACAACUUCUCGAUGGCUUAGAAGAUAACAACAGCUCGAUUUUCGUGCUUGCAAGCACGAAUAUACCAUGGGAUAUCGAUCCGGCAUUUCUUCGGCGUUUUGAGAAAAAAAUUCUCAUUUCGUUACCUUUAAGUGACGAAAGGUACUCAAUGAUUGAGUAUUUUCUUCAAAAUUCAAAAACAUAUCCAGUUGACUUGUUGAAGGAGUUGACAACAUUAAGUGAAGGGUUUACAGGUGAUCAAAUCCGACUUGCUUGCAAGGAAGCUGCAAUGAAUCAAAUUCGAAACAUAACCAACCAGAACCCACAAGUAAAGCAAGUAACCUCUGAUGAUCUACGACAAGCUUUCAAAGUCAUUAAACCCAUAGACGAAAAACUAGUCCAAAAGCAUGUUGCUUGGUAUAAUUUAAACGGAUCCUAGAUUCAAUUAUAUUUUGUUUGUUUUUUAUUUAGAACUUUUUUUUUUUAAUUAUACAAUGAAAUAAUAAAACAUUAGUAACGAA